GAAUAGUUACCCCGAUAGCUGUGCCAGCGCUGUCCGCGUGCGGCAGCGACCAGCACAGCGCCCAGUGUCCGACCGACCACACACUGCAGCCAUGAAGGCGGUGCUGGCCAUUCUGGUGGCCACGGCCGCUUUGACAGCGGCGUCUCGCUUCGGAAUGCCGUAUGGGCGAGCCGUUUCUCCAGACCCGCAGGAGGAGUGCUGCCAGGACGGGGUGCCGGUGUGCUCGCAGCUGAGCCGGCGGCUGCGGGUCCCCGAUCUGGGCUGCGAACUGCUGUGCCGUGCCCAGGGACACCCCGGCUCGCUGGGCUGCAGCUACCGGCCGCCCGUGGCCACCUGCGGCUGCCGCAACGACGCCGCCCUCUCCGCGGCGCUGCCUCCAGAGGCGGACGCCGACUACGCGGCCCAGCCGGAGCUGCGCAUGCUCGGCGGCAGAGUACCGGACCUCAGGACUCUGCCGCGUACGAGAUUCUAACAAGCGACGUCAUCUUGCACCUAUAAUUUUCUGUCCUGGCAGCAUAUACGUCGUCAAAUGGUAACACUUAUUUCAUACGGUUCCAGCUCAGUAGAUGAGACGUUCGGCAGCUGUUAGUUUUGACUAAUGAGAAAUAAUGUUGCUACAUCUAUUUGUGUGUCAUAGUGAACUAAUGAGAUGAAUCUGCUCUAACAUCCCAACCCACCACUACAUAUCUCUUCAAAAACCGUUCACCUUUCCUUAAUAGCUAUGGGUUGGUAAUCGAUUAUCUGGUUCUGGUGUUACUUAAAAACUGUCCAUUUUAUUAGGUUAAUUAAGUUUCAAUAAGAACUGACGCAACAGUUAUUUAGCUAUACAAAAUCAUUUGAUUUUCCUUAAUAGCUAUGCGUUGGCAAUAAAUUAUCUGGCACUAGUGGCAAUUAAAAA